AAAAUAGGCUCGGAAUGUUAACUCAAGUGAACUGGCGGCAAUUAAAGUAAUAAAAUUAGAACCAGGAGAAGAUUUUGCUGUUGUGCAGCAGGAAAUCAUUAUGAUGAAAGACUGUAAGCAUCCAAACAUUGUUGCUUAUUUUGGCAGCUAUCUCAGACGUGAUAAACUGUGGAUUUGCAUGGAGUUCUGUGGAGGAGGCUCAUUGCAGGACAUUUACCAUGUGACUGGACCUCUCUUAGAAUUGCAGAUUGCUUAUGUAAGCAGAGAAACACUACAGGGAUUAUAUUAUCUUCACAGUAAAGGAAAAAUGCACAGAGACAUAAAGGGAGCCAAUAUUCUUUUAACAGACAAUGGCCAUGUGAAAUUAGCUGAUUUUGGAGUAGCAGCACAAAUAACAGCAACCAUUGCCAAAAGGAAAUCUUUCAUUGGAACACCAUAUUGGAUGGCUCCUGAGGUUGCUGCAGUCGAAAGGAAAGGUGGAUACAACCAACUUUGUGACCUUUGGGCUGUUGGAAUCACUGCUAUAGAACUAGCAGAACUCCAGCCCCCAAUGUUUGACUUGCAUCCAAUGAGAGCACUCUUUUUAAUGACUAAAAGCAAUUUCCAGCCUCCCAAACUAAAAGACAAAAUGAAGUGGUCAAAUAGUUUCCAUCAUUUUGUGAAAAUGGCACUUACAAAGAAUCCUAAAAAAAGACCUACAGCUGAAAAACUAUUGCAGCAUCCUUUUGUUACCCAGCCAUUAAACCGAACCCUUGCUAUAGAACUAUUGGAUAAAAUGAACAAUCCUGAUCAUUCCACCUACCAUGAUUUUGAUGAUGAUGAUCCUGAGCCUCUUCUUGUGCUUCAUAGAAUUCACUCGACAAGUAGAAAUGUGAGAGAAGAAAAAACACGCUCUGAAAUAAACUUUGGCCAAGUAAAAUUUGAUCCACCUUUAAGGAAGGAGACAGAGCCUCAUCAUGAGUUUCCCGACAGUAAUGAAUUUUUGGACAGUUCAGAAGAAAUAUACUACACUGCAAGAUCUAAUCUGGAUUUGCAGCUAGAAUAUGGCCAAGGUCCCCAAGGAAGCUACUUAUUGGGUGCAAAUAAGAGCCUUCUCAAAUCAGUUGAAGAAGAGCUGCAUCAGCGGGGACAUGUGGCACACCUUGAAGAUGAGGAAGAGGUGGACAGUGAUGAUUCCAAACAGACAGUUCUGGAGUUUGGAAAAAUACUAUCACGGGAACAAAGAGUGAUUCCACGGCAGUACGUAGGGAAUCAAGUCAAUAUCAUAAACCCAAACUCUGGUUCAACUAUGAAAGCAAAAGUGCCACCUCCUUUGCCGCCAAAGCCUAAAUCCAUCUGCAUGCCACAAGAAGUUAAUUCUUCUGAGGAUGAUAACCAAGGAACCAUAAAAAGAUGUCCUGUUUCAGAAAGCCCUGCAAGAUCCAACACUCAAGUCCCACCUAGACCACCACCUCCUCGGUUACCUUCACAGAAAUCUUUAGGUAAUGGAUUGAAUUCUGUACAAAUAAAUGGUGACAGAGAGGGAUCUCCCCAUCAAGAGCCAAAUGAGAAUAGACACACUAAUGCGUCUAGGAAAGAAAAGAAGGAAGUACCGAAGCCUAUUAGUAAUGGUCUUCCUCCUACACCAAAAGUACAUAUGGGUGCCUGCUUUUCAAAGGUUUUCAAUGGAUGCCCCUUAAAAAUUCAUUGUGCAACCUCAUGGAUUAAUCCUGACACACGAGACCAGUACUUAAUAUUUGGUGCUGAGGAAGGCAUUUAUACCUUGAACCUUAAUGAGCUCCAUGAAACAUCAAUGGAACAGCUCUUUCCCCGACGAUGUACAUGGCUGUACGUAAUGAACAACUGCUUACUAUCAAUAUCUGGUAAAGCUUCUCAACUUUAUUCCCAUAAUUUGCCAGGAUUGUUUGAUUACGCUCGACAAAUGCAGAAGUUACCAGUUGCUAUACCAGCACACAAGCUUCCUGACAGAAUACUUCCGAGGAAGUUUGCUGUUUCUACAAAAAUUCCAGACACUAAAUGGUGCCAGAAGUGUUGCGUGGUGAGGAAUCCUUACACAGGACACAAAUAUCUGUGUGGAGCACUACAGUCCAGCAUUGUUCUGUUAGAGUGGGUUGAACCAAUGCAGAAAUUCAUGUUAAUCAAGCAUAUAGAUUUUCCUGUACCUUGUCCACUGAGAUUAUUUGAAAUGCUGGUAGUACCGGAACAGGAAUUCCCUUUAGUUUGUGUUGGUGUGAGUAAAGGAAGAGACUUCAAUCAGGUGGUGAAGUUUGAGACUGUCAACCCAAAUUCUACCUCUUCAUGGUUCACUGAAACAGAUACUACACAGACAAAUGUUGUGCACGUAACACAGUUGGAGAGAGAUACCAUUUUAGUCUGCCUGGAUUGCUGUAUAAAGAUAGUAAAUUUGCAAGGUAGAUUGAAAUCUAGUCGAAAACUGUCUUCAGAACUCACAUUUGAUUUCCAGAUUGAAUCAAUAGUUUGUUUACAAGACAGUGUUUUGGCUUUCUGGAAGCAUGGAAUGCAGGGCAGAAGUUUUCGGUCAAACGAGAUCACACAGGAAAUUUCAGACAAUACAAGAAUUUUCAGACUCCUUGGAUCUGACAGGGUUGUGGUACUGGAGAGUCGGCCCACAGAUAACCCUACUGCCAACAGCAACUUGUACAUCUUAGCAGGCCACGAAAACAGUUACUGAGAAGCAAUCUGCAUGGCAAUUUAAUUCCGACAAGAGAACACUACUGCUUCGACACUUAUGGAUGGCUGAAAUUGCACAAAAGCAGCAGUACCCCAACUUCAGUUAGUUUGUAAUUUAUUGUGGCGUGUGAGCGAAUGAGUGCAAGAAUGUUUGCCUGAAUGUUAUGGACACAUUUAGCGCAUUUAUAUCACAUAAGUGCUUGGUUCACUAUUAUGUAAUCUUUGUACAUAUAUGCAGUAUUUCUUCGUUGAAAUGGAGGCAUCUCUUGAUUUUAUGUAGAUAGUGGUCGAAUGUCUUAUUUGUACAGAUGUGUAAAGAUAGCUAAGGACAAGGAAUUGCUUUUUGGGGUACUAUUUUAAGGACACUUUUUUAAAAAAAGAAUGGAUACUAGCGCUAAACAGUGCAUUCAGAUAACACUAUUGUAUUUUAUUAUGUAAUUUACUAAUACAAAUAAAUCUUACCUUUUAGACAUUGUAACCAAGGCUGUUAAUCCUGUUACAAUCUUGUUUUAAAUUUGAUGCAAGUACACUGGUGUUUGGUUGCACAAAGUAUUAAUAUGUGAUGUAUUUAGUCACAAAAGUAAGCUGUGACUUUGUAGAUAUGAUUUGGGUGUUUUAGUUUAUUUGGAUAGUUUUCUUUGUGAAACUAGCCAGUCGAACACCUGUAUUUUUAUAUUUAAGGAAAAUUCUCUAAUUAUUUUCUGCGCUUGGGGGAAUAAAGUAAAUAUUUUGAAUGGGGGGGAUCGCAAAUAGUGGUACCUUGGCAUAAUUAUAAUGUAUACAAUGUUCAAAUAAGGAUUAUUUUGAUUCGUUUUUGUUCUUCAGUGCCACCCAUAUCAUGCAAAAAUUAAAAAACAUUCCACAUUGUGGAAGUGGUUACAUUAUUUUGGCGCUAGAUCCAGGCAUUUGCACCAAAAAGGCCACUGCACAUAAAUAGUACUCUUUGCAGUACUUCACGGAUAUUCAUUCGCACUCGAAUUAUGAUAAAGAUAUGCAUGUUUCUCUCAUUUAAGAUGUAGGUGUCCUACUUGGCAGGACAGGAGUAGCAUCCCUAGCUAGUUACCAGUAGUUUCACCCAUUUUGUUCUGCAUAGCUCCUCUGUUAAUCGUCAUAGGAUAACUAUGCACCCUGAGAUUCCAUAGUGGUUUUCACAUGCAGAUGGCAGAAUGAUCCAUCUGCUCUUAUUUUUCUUUAAGUAGUGGGGUCUUCAUUGAAUAGUGGUUUUCAAGCUAUAUUCCAGGAAACUCUGGAGUUCCUCACAGAGCAGUCAGCUUCUCAGCAAUAGUGGAAAGGGUUCCUAAAAGAAAGCAUUCUUUCCCCUACUUUUUCCCUUGUCUCAAGCAGUUAUUGUGGAGCAGGGAGUGUAGCAUGAGAUCUCACUUGAUUCCUGUGGGGUGAGAUUAAGACCCAAACAUACAUAACCCAAUAACCUGUGUGAAUGGUGUGUUCCCUAUACCAAAAAUCCCAUGCAAUAUGCAGGGGUUUAUUCAGGAAACACAUUAAUUUCUCUUAAGGCCAGAAGCUUAAAACCUACUGCCAUAUGGGAAUACACCCACAGAACAACUGUUCUUCGUAUGAAAAUGAGUUGUCGGUUAACGCAGCAAUGAAUUAAUUGUCUUAAUUUGGCCUUUUUUCUUUUAAAAAAUAUUUGGCCUUACUACUGUUUUUCACAUUUUCCUUUUAAUGUCUUAACACCCGGCCAAAAUGAUUUAGUUACUACCUCACACAAACAAUUUAAAUGAUUUAUUACACAUCACAGGAAUUUUUAAUUUUGAGCAAAAAGAUUUUUGAUUGUUUUCCAAUGCAGUAAUAUGUAUAUGCCAAGUUUUAGCUGGGAAAUGCACAUAUUGGCUUUUUUUGUAUAUGUUCUUUAUACUGUGAUAUAAACUAAGAAUAACUACAUUAAAAGUGAUUUAUGGUCUGUAUCGAUGUUGUUGGUAAUGCUUUUGAAUAUUUCCUAAUGUAUAUAAUGUAAAAUAAACUUUUUUUAACAUGUUUGUUGUA